GCGGUCACACGAGGCCCCGCCCCUACCAGCUGGCGGGACAGCGGCGCAAGCGCAGUCUCUUCUGGUUGUAGACGCGGAGGCUCGGCCCGGCGGGUAAAUAACAGAUGCGGGUGAAAGAGCCAUCUAAAGCUUUACCUGAGAAAGCCAAAAGAAGUAAAAGGCCUACUAUACCUCAUGAUGAAGACUCUUCGGAUGACAUUGCUGUAGGUUUCACUUGCCAACAUGUAAGUCAUGCUAUCAAUGUGAAUCAUGUGAAAAAAGCAAUAGCUGAGAAUCUGUGGUCAGUUUGCUCAGAAUGUUUAAAAGAAAGAAGAUUCUGUCAUGGGCAGUCAGUACUUCCUUCUGAUAUUUGGUUGUGCCUCAAGUGUGGUUUUCAGGGUUGUGGUAAAAACUCAGACAGCCAGCAUUCAUUGAAGCACUUCAAGAGUUGGAGAACAGAGCUUCAUUGUAUUAUAAUUAGUCUGAGCACAUGGAUUGUAUGGUGUUAUGAGUGUGAUGAAAAAUUAUCAACACAUUGUAAUAAGAAGGUUUUGGCUCAGAUAGUUGAUUUUCUUCAGAAACACGUUUCUAAAACACAAACAAGUGCAUUUUCUAGAAUCAUAAAACUUUGUGAAGAGAAAUGUGAAACGGGUGGGAAAAAAAAGGGAAGAAAAGGCAGCAAUGUAACAUCUGUAAAAGGAAUUACGAAUUUAGGAAAUACUUGCUUUUUUAAUGCAGUCAUGCAGAACUUGGCACAGUCUUACAUUCUUACUGAACUGAUGAAUGAGAUCAAAGAAAAUGGUACAAAACUCAAGAUUUUUCCUUCUGCAGACUCUCAGUUGGAUCCAUUAAUGGUGGAACUUUCAAGUCCUGGACCAUUGACCUCAGCCUUGUUCCUGUUUCUUCACAGCAUGAAAGAAACUGAAAAAGGACCACUUUCUCCUAAAGUUCUUUUCAAUCAGCUUUGUCAGAAAGCCCCUCGAUUUAAAAGUUUUCAACAACAGGACAGUCAGGAACUUCUGCAUUAUCUGCUGGAUGCAGUGAGGACAGAAGAAACAAAGAGAAUACAAGCGAGCAUUCUAAAAGCAUUUAACAACCCAACUACUAAAACUGCUGAUGAUGAAACUAGAAAAAAAGUCAAAGCAUAUGGAAAAGAAGGUGUGAAAAUGAACUUCAUAGAUCGGAUCUUUAUUGGUGAAUUAACUAGCACAGUCAUGUGUGAAGAAUGUGCAAAUAUCUCCAUGGUGAAAGAUCCUUUUAUUGAUAUUUCACUUCCUAUAAUAGAAGAGAGGGUUUCAAAACCAUUAUUUUUGGGAAGAAUGAGUAAAUAUAGAAGUUUACAGGAGACAGAUAAGGAUCAGUACAGUGGCACUGUUACUAUAGAAAAUACUCAUCAACCCGGAGCAACAAAGACGCUUUCGUCAUCUAAAGAUAAGAAUCAACUAAUUCAUGGCAGAAAACGUAUAAGAAAAGUAUCAUCUGGAGAAGAUAAAGCUCUUGUCAUAUACCAGGAAAAUGGAAACCUCAAGAUGAAAGGGGAUUCUUCAGUGUUUGCAAGUGUCACGAAUACAGAAUCAACUCUGACUGAAAGCCCUACGGAUGGCAGUGAAAAAGAAGCUGGCCAUUCUGAAAGUAGUGUUGAUGCUGACAGUGAGGAUUCAGAAUCUGAAAGUGCUUCAGAGCAGACUGUGUUGUUGAGAUCCAGUAGUGUAUGCUGUAUGCACACAAAUGGAUACUUUCAUCAUCCAUCAGCAAGUGAACCACCCACCAAGGAGAUUGACAGUGGUGAUGAGGGAGUGUCUGAAGCUAUUUCCGAACUUCAUUUAAACAGCACUGUAACUGGAGAUAGAGAUUUUGACCAAGAAAAUGAGCCACUAAAUCUUCCAAAUUUAUGUUUUUCAGAGGAGAAGCAUAUGUCUCACAGUCCUCAAAAUGCUUUUCAGACCCUUUCUCAGAGCUAUAUAACUACUUCUAAAGAAUGUUCAGUUCAGUCCUGUCUCUACCAGUUUACAUCUAUGGAAUUGCUAAUGGGGAAUAACAAGCUUCUAUGUGAGAAUUGUACUGAAAAGAAACAUAAGUACCAAAGAGAAACCAGUUCUACAGAAAAGAAAACAGAAGGGGCUUAUACUAAUGCCAGGAAGCAGUUGCUCAUUUCUGCUGUUCCAACUAUCCUAAUUCUCCAUCUUAAAAGAUUCCAUCAGGCUGGAUUGAGUCUUCGCAAAGUAAACAGACAUGUAGAUUUUCCACUUAUGCUUGAUUUAGCACCAUUCUGUUCUGCUACUUGUAAGAAUGUAAAUGUGGGAGAGAAAGUUCUCUAUGGUCUGUAUGGCAUAGUGGAACACAGUGGCUCAAUGAGAGGAGGUCACUACACCGCAUAUGUGAAAGUCAGAACACCUUCCAGGAAAUUAUUGGAACAUAUCACUGGAAAGAAAAAUGUACCUGGUUUGAAAGAACCUGAUAGUGAAUCUGCAGGCCAGUGGGUCCAUGUUAGCGACACUUAUGUGCAGGUGGUUCCAGAAUCAAGAGCACUUAGUGCACAAGCGUACCUUCUUUUUUAUGAAAGAGUAUUUUAAUUUUAAGGGUAAUGAUUACUUAGAUCACUUUUAUUUAAAUGCUGCAGUGAUAACCAUAAUAUGAAUGUGCCUUUGCAGUCUUGUCCAUAGGACUAGCAUGUCCCUCAAAUGCUCCUGAACAUUUUUACCAUUUUGGUGAACCCUUUUAAAGUAAAUUAAAUUUACUCAAUGCUCUUAUGUUCUUAAAAUGAAUGUAAACUCAUGUUCUAAAAAAAAUAUUUGUCCUGGAUCAAAACCCAAAUUUAUAGUAGUAGAGGAAAACCCUUUAUGAUGUGGUUUAUUAUUACAAACAUUCAGAAAUGAUGCUGGCUAAAUCAGAUCAUUCCUUAAAACAGUGUUUCCCAGUGUGAGUCAUAUAUCACCUUUCUGAUCUCAUAUGUAUGUAUAUAUCUAUAUCUCCUGUGCCAUUGUUUACUUAUUUUUAACCUUAUUUUUAGCCUUUUUUAAUAGCCCUAUUUUGAGCAUAUUCCACAUGUUAUGUGCUAGUUGUAUUUUUUUCUAAUAAGUAUCAAAAUAAAUACAUAACUGUUAAAGAAAAAUUGUUCAUCCAUGUAGCACUCCACUUAAAAUCAUCUCAGGGCUAUCCAGUGGUAUACUGAUAUGUGGGAAACACUGCUAUCACAUAUACUUACACAACAGACAUAGUGACUUUGUCAUAUUUUGUAUGAUUCAGCCAUAUAUAAAGGUAUCACUGUAACUUCAGUAAUAAGGGUUUACAAAUGGUAUAUUGAUUAGCUUACUGCUUUGAGAUUUUGAGAACUACAAAAAUAUUGACAUUAACAUUAUUUGUAAUCUACUCAUGGUGGAGUUAAGGAUAGUUUGCAAGUGAUUAGUCAAGGUCGAAAUAGAAUUAUAGAUAAUUGUAACAUGUAGAAUUGGUAAAUAGAAGUAAAUCGUUAAUCCAUAUGAGACCAUAGAGUACCUAUGAAAUAUAAAUUACCAAAUUAAAUUUGUAAAUGAUAGAAAAUUAUAUCCUUAUUAUACUUAAUAGGGAAAUAUCUAGUUCUGUAGAUCAGUAAAUACUAAUCAUGGUUUUAGGGUUUUGAGAUCACUUUCUCUUUAGCAAGCAUCAUUAAUAAGUGCAAGUUUGUUUAACUUCAAUGGGACAUAAAGUUGGCAUUUCUGAUUAUCUUUUUAAAUAAUUACAUAAUAGCAAAAAUCAUUUUUACCUGUAGAAUACAAAUUAUUAAGCUGUCAAAACUUGGCACACUACUAUUACUCUUUCUUAGGCUUAAAUUUUAAAUAAUAAUGGCUACUUCAGUAUCACCGUAUUGUAUCAAAAUACAUAACUGCAUGGUUCAGGCAUCCUAAUCAUUAGUGCCAAUGAAUGAUACUACAGGCAGAUGCUGGAUAAGUGUCUAGUCCCAGUUUAUUCUCCUCUUGGGUAGGAAGGAUGAGAAUAGUGACUGGAGAUAAUUGUGGGGAUAUUUAACCAAGACUCUGACACUUUUUAACAUAUAAGUACAUAUAACAGUAUCCAAGGUUACCAGUGCUGCCUUUUGCUAUAUGGAUGAACAGAAUUGUGAAUAGUGUUAAAGAUGGUAAUACUAUACAAAAUGCAGAAUUUUUAAAUGUCAUGGUACAAAUUCUAUUUUUAAGCUGUUGCAAUUUCAAUAGUAGUAUUUUUCUUGAUUUUUAAUAGUGAAAAGGUGGAAAGUUUGCAAAUUCAGAUUGUCCUAUAAAAGGUCGUUUAAACAGUGUUUAAAUAGUGUUUGUUGUUUAAUUGUAAUCCAUUAACACUGAUGAUUUCAAUACCAAAACAGUGAAUUUUUUUUGAAAAUUAUUAGUUAAAUCUAAGCCAUCUGGGUAGUGACAAUUACCAUCCCUCUCCCCCAAAUGUAAAUAUUAAGUCCUCAUUUUUCUCCUAGAAAAGAUACCAUUAAGAGGCAUGCACUUUUCAUUGAAUAGUCACCUGCUUCUUGUUUCAUUGUUGGAUGGACAGAUGAAAAAGGAGCAGGGAAAGGGAGGGAGAGAGAGAAAGAGAGAAAAGGAGAAAGAAGAGAAAGAAAUCAGCAUUCUUUUCUUUUGGCUUAUCUCUUCCACAGUUAAGGUCAGAGAUGGUGAGUGAUAGAUGGGUGAGGGCAAAAAUCAAGGAAAGUGCCUAGUACCUGUUUUCAUUAAAAGGAUGCCAGGAAAUACAUCAGUGCUGUAUUUAUCAAAUAGAUCUUUUAAGCUUUAUUUAUUAAAACUGAUUUUUCAUUGAGUGAGCAAUAUAAUGUAGCUUCAGAACAUUACCUCAGUACUAAAGUACUGCAAUAGUUUUUAUGCUUAACUUCACAUUUAUUCAUUAAGUAUAUAUUAUGGGAUGCCUGCUAUGGAUCUGGCACUGUGCUGACACUAUUUCAACAUGUUUUAAAAUGGAGAGGCCUAUAUAAGUUUUAGACAUUAUCCCAGAACUAACAUAUACAUAAGAUACUUUUAUUUUUAUUUUCAUUUCAUGUUAAAUGAGCUUACUCUAGAAUCUACUUUUUUAGGGCCUAGAGUUUAUAAAUGCUUUUCUGGGCCUGCUGGUAAUGGAGUAAACUUUAUUUUGAUACCUAAGGAUUUCCUAAAGAUAGCUUUUGUAAUAGGGAAAGUAUAUUAAGUUACACAUGGGUCUGCAUUUAAAUUUUUGUUUUUAUUUAGAAUAUUUCCAAAGCACAUUUGCAGGGGUAUGAAAUUAUGAAGCUACUGUAAUAACAAUAGUUUCCAGAUGACCUCAGGAAACAGUACAAAUAAGUAAGAAUGUUUACAGAUCCUCAAAUAAUGACCACAGUGUUUGGCCAAAUGAAUUUAAAAAGUAACACAGAGAAGUUUCACUAGCUUUAUUUAAAACUGGUUUACAGGGUAUGUCUAAUCACAGUUUCCCCUAGUUUUUCCAUGUUUAAAAUAAUAAAAUUUUGAUUAUGUGCCAAUUCUGUGAAUAUUUUUGACAGAACCAAGUGUAUGCCUAUAUUUGAUUGUCAUCUAGUGUUUUUAAAAUGGAUAUGAAAAUCACCUUUUUGGGUGGCUAAGGAUAGUGAUAGUUGGUGUUGGUUCUAAGAGUAGUUAGUUGAUACCUGUUUUCUUAUUUUAAAUGUGCCAACAGAGCUUUUUGGCUAUAUAAUAUUUAAUAGUUCUUAGCUCGCAUAUGUGAUGAUUUUACUCAGUGAUUUUAUACAACAGCUUAAAAAAAUUUCCUGAAGAUUAAGCUGUGACAUGUAUCCCCUUCAUCUAAUUUUUGUAGUAUAAAGCAACAUCCUGCCUGCCUUUCUUAAAUUCACACUCUUAAUUUGUCUGCAUGUUACCUGAUAAGUAAGCCUAAACUAGAUAUGUGCAAUAAAACUGAGCCUUUAAAUAUAUCUAGUACUUUAAGACAGACUAUUUUUAGAUAUUUAAAAUGUUUGGUUCAUAUAGAAAUCAUCAAUUCAAAUCUGUUUAAAAGAUAGAUGACUAUAUUUUAAAUUUUUAGUAACAUUGGUUAAUAUAUCAUUCCUACUGUUUUAUCUCUACUUUUUUUUGCAGUGUUUUUAGAAAAUGGCUAUGUAACUUAUUGAGCAUUAUUUUAAUGUUUCUGUAUAAAUAUGCAUAAUAAAUAUUAAAUUCUUAUUUGUUUCAA